GCCUGCGUAAUGAUGUCGGGCAACCGAUAUCGAAGUAAAUAAUGGAAGUGGGAAGUGGGUAACACCAACAAAAUCCAUUGCAUCUAACCGUUAACGAUGUUCAACGGAACUUAGUUUUCCUCAAGAUUGAUAGAGAAAUAUGUACUCGACAGUAUAAGAAGCUCAUUUUAGCUUUUCCGGUGUAGAGAUGGAGCUAAGGGUCGGAAAUAAGUACCGCCUCGGACGGAAGAUUGGAAGUGGUUCGUUUGGAGACAUUUAUCUUGGUACUGACAUUUCAAACGGAGAAGAGGUUGCCAUCAAAUUAGAAUGUGUGAAAACAAAACACCCACAGCUCCACAUAGAGAGCAAGAUCUACCGAAUGAUGCAAGGAGGAGUGGGCAUUCCAACUAUAAAAUGGUGUGGUGCAGAAGGCGACUACAAUGUCAUGGUGAUGGAACUAUUAGGUCCGAGUCUAGAGGAUCUCUUUAAUUUCUGCUCACGUAAAUUCAGUUUGAAGACGGUUUUGCUACUGGCGGAUCAGUUGAUCAGCAGAAUUGAAUAUAUUCACUCAAAAAAUUUCAUUCACCGUGAUGUGAAACCAGACAAUUUUCUAAUGGGAUUAGGAAAGAAAGGAAAUCUUGUGUAUAUUAUUGACUUUGGAUUGGCCAAAAAGUAUCGUGAUGCCAGAACACAUCAACACAUACCCUAUCGGGAAAACAAGAAUCUCACCGGCACAGCUAGAUAUGCCAGUAUCAACACACAUCUUGGAAUUGAACAAAGUCGACGAGAUGACAUGGAAUCAUUAGGAUAUGUUUUCAUGUACUUUUUACGAGGGAGCUUGCCGUGGCAGGGACUGAAAGCGGCAACAAAACGACAGAAGUAUGAAAGAAUCAGUGAAAAGAAAAUGUCCACUCCCAUAGAGGAGCUCUGUAAAGGAUUCCCCUCGGAAUUUGCCACCUACCUGAAUUUUUGUCGGUCUCUACGGUUUGAUGAUAAACCUGAUUACUCCUACCUGCGACAACUCUUCAGAAAUUUAUUCCACAGACAAGGAUUCACUUAUGAUUAUGUCUUUGACUGGAAUAUGCUCAAAUUUGGAACUGGUCGCAACAGUGAUGUAGAUGACCGACAGAAAGUGAGUUCAUCAGCACGGCCACUGCACGGUACCGCUGUGCCUGGCAGUCGAAUGCGAGGUGAACAAAUGCCUGGUCCAGGCACGACACCACCUGGGGACUUCACAACGGAAUCUCCUCGACCCUUCUCUAGGGAGCGUGAAAGACGAACUAGUACUAGACUUCACAGAGGGAUUCCAACUGGAGCCGAGGCUCAGCGUGAGGCAGCACGAGUGUCCACUGCUCCCAUGCAGCCGGGUAUGAUGCCAAUGAACUCUGCCAUGCGGCGAGGAAGUGCUUCUAAAGACGGGGAAGUGCCAGCUCGGACAGGCUCCUCUCGACAUACAAGGAAAUGAGACAAACUAUAGAGACUGGUGUCAAGACCAGGGAUUAAGGACAAUUUCCAACUGAUGGAGAGUCAAAAGCGCUGUGAUGGAUUUGAGACGAAGGAUUAACAUUUGCCUUGUCUCAUCUCUCUUUUGGCCCAAUAAGGGAGCACCCUAUGUCUCCUGAAAGGGGUCAUGACAUCCGGAUCAUUUUAAAAGUAUUUUGAAAGUUGUAUUCCCAUUGGCAGUUAAUCAUGCUCAUAACAUCUACUUGUUUCAGUUGAGAGUAGACUCAUGAUUUUCAGUUGAAUGUGAAGUUUGCGAUUCUGAGAGACAGUUCCAGCACAACAGCUAAAAAAAUUUAGUGCCAAGUUUUAACAUUUGUUUUUGAAAUAUUUGUUUUGCUUCUUUGAAAAAUCGACGUAUAGACAACUGUGGCAAUAGUUUGGGUUGAUAAGUUGCAGUGUGAAGUACUUUUUUAUAAGUCUUUGAUUUUAAAUUAACUUAAAAACUUAGCAUUAUUGUGAUACAAUGUGUUGAAUUUCUUAAUUAUGCCAAAUGAAGAAGAUAUCAUGUUAUAUCUGAAAUACAGCUUUGGCAGACACUUAAUAACGUCCAACAAAACGUAGUAUGAAGGGAACACAAAAAGAGCAAGGAGGAUAUGCUUGUGGUUAUUUUAUCAUAUAUAUUCAUUAAUAGAUAUGAAUGGAAAGUAAGAUGUGAUUCUGUAUGUCGUAUGAAUGAUCGUUGUUUGAAUGCAAGUUUGUGUGUAUUGUAUCCCUGUACAUAGAUCUUGAUAAUUCUGUUUCCUAUUUUUUCGCCAAUGUGUGUAAACGCACAUCAAAGAGACAGUAACUAGAUUAUUGUAUUGACAUAUCUAUGUGUGUGUAUAUUUAUUGACAAAGUAAGGAUAUCCGAGAUCUGUUUUUAUUGGAGUCUGAAAUGUAUUGCUAUGUUUAUUUUGUUGGAGUAACUGCUAUGUGUCAAUAUGUGAGAAAGGGAUGUGAAUAAAUCUAUAUGCUGUGCAUGCACACUUUGCAUGGUUUUAAUUUGUCUAUAAUGUGCAUCACUUCUGACAGAAACAAAACUUAAUUCCUGUAGUUACGUUACUCAACAUUUUCAUUUUCUUUAUCCUCAAUUUGCAUUGGAACGGAAACUUGACAAGUUUUUAUCAACUUCUAGUUGCUAAUUAACAACAGAUAUAAGUUUGGAAGAAGUGCAUAGUAUAAACAACCACUCUAAUUAAGAAAGUUACAUUAGCUUAAUGAAUAAGGAUGAUAAAUGUCAGAGGUAACUAGUCUCGGCUAGAAAAGUUAUAAAAAUGGGCUAGGCCAUUUGAGGUAUUCAGAAGUUAUAACAACAGGCUAGACCAUUGGAGGUAUUCAGAAGUUGUAACAAUGAGCCCGGGCCAUUUUGAGGUCCCUGGAAGUUUUAACAAUAUGCUAGACCAUUUGAGGUCUUCAGAAGUUGUAACAAUGAGCCCGGGCCAUAUGAGGUCUUCCAUUGAGAAUGAUCGGUAAGAAAAAUAUGCUUUCCAUUCUGAUGAACAUAAAACAUGACUUGUGAUUAUGUUGUCAUUUUAAACUAGAUUCAGAUUAAUCCAAGUUCUGGUAAGAUUGAAUCAAGAUUUCAAUAUGUGUCCACUGAAUAAUGAAUAAAGUGAAAAAAAGAUUA